CAGCUGCUGAGCCCCGAGACACCAGGCGGCCCCUUCCCUGGGACCCCCAAGGAGAAGGUGGAGGCCGACCACAGAUCCGUCUACGCGGGCAACGUGGACUACGGGGGCACGGCGCGGGAGCUGGAGGCCCACUUCAACCACUGCGGGGAGAUCCACCGAGUCACCAUCCCGUGCGACAAGUUCUCCGGACACCCCAAGGGUUACGCCUACAUAGCAUUCGCCACCGAGCGCUCUGCCCGGGCGGCCGUGGAGCUGGACGACAGCGCCUUCCAAGGCCGGGUAAUCAAGUUCCGCUUCCAGGUGCUGCCCAAAAGGACCAACUUCCCAGGGAUCAGCUCCACGGACCGUGGGGGCCUGCGGGGCAACCCAGGCUCCAGGGGGGUGCCCUUCCCCCACAGCAGCCUCCAGGGCAGGCUCCGGUUCAGACCCUGCAGGCAGAACCAGGGCCAAGGAAGGUUCUCACCGUACUGA